CUCAUUCCCUCGGCAGCGAUGCCAAGAUCCAUCCGUACAUUCUGAUUCAGCUAUCUGCACCUGUGGUCCGGUUACGUACCAAGGUAUUACGGAUUCAUACCUCGAAUCUAUUCUCUUCCAAUCUCCAUGUGACUCCUGUGUUUCUACUUUCAGAACGCGUCAGUGGCACUUGAAGGUGAACAUCGUAGGAAGCUGACUUACUUCUUGCUUUCUUUCAUUACAUUUCACGUUCGGCGUUUGUGCUGAAGCUCUGAGAUUUAUCGAAGCGGAUAAACCAUCUGAGUUGAAGAUACGUUUCUUAUUUAACCCCUGAGCAUGUCUCAUCGUUCGUCGGUAGCAGAGGAUGUUCCUUUCCUUGAUGGUGACUCUUCGACUUCGACGAAGGAAGGACUCCAAAAUGCUCUAGUUCCUGAACGCAGAAACCGCUGGCGGGUUUGCUCGAUGUGGCUUCUUCACCUCUUGAUGAUCUUCACCAAUACCGUAUUCUUUGCGGCAAACGUCAUGAACUCCUCAAUAAGGGCUCACGGCGCGGAAUACAGUCAGAACACGUUGAUCAAGCCGAACUACGCUGAACCUCAAGAUGCGCCGAUUGAGGUGAAUACGGUACGCUGGGGUCUUCCCAUCGGGAAACGAACCAAUUUUACUAGCUUCGACCCAGAAGUGGCAGACGCCGCCUGGGCAACCCGCGGCAUCAGCCAUCAUCAGGGAUGGUUGAAAGUGUCCACAGAAGAACUCGCCUCCAUCCAAGAGACUUCGGUCGAGUUCAAAAGCGGAGGUCACCUUGUGGGCAUGGACGUGUUCCAUCAACUUCACUGUCUUAACUACUUGCGCAAAAAGCUGGAUGGGUACAAGGAAGGGUACCCUGAUAUUCCCGAAGACGAACAGAUCCCCCCACGCUUUCACAUCGCUCACUGUAUUGAUUCCAUUCGCCUGUCCUUGGAGUGUCAUUCCGACCUCUCGCUCAUCACCCAGAAAUGGGUCGACGGAUGGCUUGAGCCUUGGCCUGUCUGGCAAAACCAACACGUCUGCCGUAACUUCUCGCGUAUCCGAGAAUGGGCUCAUGUUAAGCAGCCAAACGUUGCAGGGCAAAUCAUUCAUCCGGGAAUGGGAGUUGUUUCGUCUGGGCACUUAAACUUGUCGGCACUUCCAAUCUACCGCGAGGACCACGAUGACAUAUAGACUUGGGAGCGCGUUUAGCAU